UAAGUGUUCGUGUGUCGUAUGGGAGACGGAAAACUACAACGGGCGAGGCAUGCGCCGAUGCUGCUGCAAAUCUAUACUGGCCCAGUAAACCAAGGUUCUGUAUCCGUAGCGCUGUGGAGGACAAUAGAAGGCUAGCCAAAGUCAUGUCUCAGAGCAGACAGUUACAAACCGAACGAAAUAACAAAACACGAGCCAACAGCAACCAAACUACCGGUAAUAGAGCGGAGGAAAACCCGAACGGGAGAAGUGCGUCGAUCCGAAGCCCGGCAGCCAUAUCUCGCACCCCAAGCGCAGACAGACGUCUCCUGCGCACGCUCACCGUCUCGCCAAACGUGGACAACCCCACACCGGAACCAGAUAUUAACAAUUUUGUGCGCAAGUCGCAGCCUGUCAAACAACAAAGUCUGCACACGCAGUCACGGCGUUCGCAAGGGCAGCACACGGGAACGCCAGUGGAGAGUGCUGUAACGCCGCGGCAAAGUCGCCUACGCACGCCCACAGAGUCCUAUGUCGGCAGUCCUAACCGCACACCGGAUGACGGUAGCGCCGAUGAAGGUUCCAAACCGGGUCGCACAAGCAGGGUGGUCAUAACACUUCCUGCAACGGAUAAUGAGAUCAGAGCGGACGCAUGGCAGUCGGGGAAGACGGUAGUCGAGUCCAACAGCUACAUGCUCAAGUACGAGGUUGCGUGUGACGUCACAUUCACCGUGGGUGAAUCACGUGAGGAGAUUCGUGCGCACAAAUACAUGCUGCUCGCGCGGAGUCCAGUGCUCUUUAAGUCACUCAUAAAACACAUGGAGAAACCUGACGUGCGGAUAGACGUCCCCGAUAUAAAGCCACAUAACUUUCGGGAGCUGCUACAGUAUGUAUAUACCGAUGUGUUCGACAUCCACUCAGACAACGCGCCGUUCAUGCUUUAUGCGGCCCGGAAGUUCCAGCUGAAGGGAUUGUCAAGCCUGUGUUUCCAGUUCCUGGACGCGGAGAUGCACGACGAGACCGUGUGCAAGAUCAUGGAACAGGCGCAUAUAUACAAUGAAAACGGCCUGUAUGAGAAGUGUGUCCGCUACAUAUACACCAACGGUAACGCUGUCUUGGCAAAGCCGUCGUUCGCGGAGUUGUGCUCGGAGUGCGUGGAGCGGAUCAUCAAGUCAGACGACCUGCGCGCGUCAGAGCAGGCCGUGUUUGAGGCGUGUGUCGUCUGGGCAAACGCUGAAUGCAGACGUCAAAAGAAGCAGGCGACAGAUGAAACGAGACGCAAAGUGCUUGGCAAGCUGUUGUACUACGUACGUUUUCCGGUGAUGGAUGUGACUUAUUUUACACAGAAAGUUUCACUAGGUCAGCUUCUGUCACACGAUGAAACGCUGUCUAUAUUUCAAUUUUUUCAUGGUGAGGAAAACCAACUCCCUCACAGGUUCAUCCGACAGGAACGAAACCAGUUCCCGCGGAACGUUACGGAGAACGCCGAGCCUUUAAUGCUAAGUACCACGUCACGCAGUCCCAGCGUGAUCAGCGCAACACGGUUUCCCGGAACAGACGGUCAAUGGAAGCAGAACGGGCCGCCCGAUGCCAUUUCUUUCACAGUUUCACAACCAAUAGUUCUUUAUGGGGUGGAAAUAUAUGGCGCUGCAUCCGGAAAAGAGACAUACGCGCUGCAGAUCCUUGUAUACGACGACAUCACCCGAGAAGAGAUACGUAAGAACGACGCCAGUUUAUUCACGAACUCUAUAAAAGAUAAGUACGAGGUGUACCUGGCCCGCCCGCUGCGGAUCCCCCCGCGGCGCGUGUUCACUGUGGUGGUUAUCAUGAAGGGUACGCCCACCCACAAAGGCGUGGACGGCGAGAGGACGCUGAUAAUGGACGGGGUCACGUUUGAGUUCACGGACAGCAACCGCAGUUCCAAUGGAACGGACGCCAGUGUCGGCCAGAUUCCGGGCAUUCUCUUUAAUAAAACACAAUGAAGUUUCGUAAUCGGGAUACAAAACCAGCAUUCAGCUCAAUGCUGUAUCGUCAUGCAAUUAAGUUAUGUUCACAUAUUGCGGUAUGGUUUGAUUGUAGGGGCUAUGCAUUAUUAAAUGACAGAAUGAAUCACUACAUUAUUUUUAUAUUUUAUUAUUGCAAAUAAAAAGUUGUUUAAUUAACAUAUAUAAAACUAUUUUAAAUGUUUUACUUUUUCGAAAGAUUCUUUAAAGCUCUGAUAUUCUGCCAAAAAACAACACCAUAAUUUAGAAAUAAAAUUAGAAAACUAAA